AUGAGCGGUGCCCCGGCGAAGCGACGUCGCCUCGACAGCGAGGAUGACGAAGACGAGUAUGUCGCAGUCCGUUCGACUUCCCCACUUCUCCAGCACGCCGCCUGCAUGCGCUUCCCGACGGACGAGAUAGCCACCCUGGAGGACGGAGAGGGAGCGAGCGACGUCGCGGAGACAUUAGCGAGCAGCAGGGUACCGGCUCCAGCGACAUGCCUCGAAGCUGACGACCCCGCUGACCUGGCGCGAAGCACAGCGGAUGCGCCGGCAGCAGGGCAUCUGAGUGCUGCCGAUGCACCCAAGCCACACUUGUUUUUUGAAGAGGACAAGGACGCUCCUGCCGAGUACAAGCGCCUGUUGUCUGCAGAGCUGUUGAACGUGCUCUUUGUGCCGCUUGACUACAUCUGCAAACAACGGAGCUGCACGGAUAAGCUGCUGUCUCAGUACGCGCCGAUGGCGACCGCGUCGCACGCGGCAGCAGAGCGUAAGUCGUACCACAACGCGUACGGGAUUGCGCCUGGGUUUCGCUGGGACGGCGUCGUGCGCGGACGUGGCCCCGUGGAUUGA